UAUGGCAUUAUAUUCCGGUCUUCAACCAACUUGUUUUCCCUUCCUCUGAACCUUCAAAGAAUAACCAACUCCCAAAGAUAUAUACCAUUUUUAACUGAUUUUUGUCAGUGUCUUCCUCUUUUUCCUUCCCUCUCCUCCUCUGCAUCGUCUUGUCUUUUCGACUCCCCAAAUGUAGAAAAGGUUGUUCUUUGUUUGUUUGGUUUCUUAUGUUUUGUUUUUUAUGAGGCUCUUUCUUCCUCUGGCUUAUUGGAUAAUCUGAGAAGACCUCGAUAUCUUAACCAUGUCCGUCGAAGAGAGCAGAGGAGAAACAGGAGAAACCCCAGAUAUACAAACGCCAGAACCUCAUAUUUCUACCAAGAAUCAGGAAGUUUCCGAUGAUGACGAGUCGUCCCCGAGAGGUGUACUGGAAAUCCCUGUUUUAGGUGCCACGGACUCGGACCACACAGGGAGCAGCAGUUUCAGCUCGUGUAUCUCUCCCACGCAGAAACCGGCGCCUACUCCUCAGCCCCGAGAGAGCCACGGUGGGUCGCAGUGGAAGUCCGUGAUCGAGGCCUUUAAGAGGAAAUCCGUGAGGAGGUUCUCCAUCGUUCCCUUGCUGACUGCGAGCCACGAGUUUUCCGCUAAGAAUCUGAGCAGGAAGUUGGGUCGGAUUCGGAGCGCCGAGGCCGAGGAUGGGAUUGACAACGAUGGGAUUCCCAGACCCAAGCCAUCUUGGAGGAGCUUUGAUUAUGCAGAGCUAGCAGCCGCUACGGAUAAUUUCAGUUCCGAGAACUUGAUUGGGAAAGGCGGGCAUGCUGAGGUAUACAAAGGAUGCUUAUCUGAUGGUCAAGUUGUAGCAGUAAAAAGGCUAACAAAGAAAAAGAAGGAAGAGGAGGAUAGAAUUAGUGAUUUCUUGUCAGAGCUUGGGAUUAUUGCACACAUAAACCAUCCCAAUGCUGCUCGAUUGCUUGGUUUUGGGAUAGAUGGAGGUCUGCACCUCGUCCUUCAGUUCUCCCCGCAUGGCAGCCUUGCUUCUGUGCUAUUUGGUUCAUCUGAGUGUCUGGAGUGGAAGAUAAGGUUUAAGGUGGCUAUAGGGGUAGCGGAAGGAUUGGAUUAUCUUCAUCACAAUUGCCAUAGACGCAUUAUUCACAGAGACAUCAAAGCCUCUAAUAUAUUGCUCACCCAAGAUUACGAUGCUCAGAUUUCUGAUUUCGGACUCGCAAAGUGGCUGCCAGAAAAAUGGGCUCACCAUGUUGUCUUUCCUAUCGAAGGCACAUUCGGGUACCUGGCUCCAGAGUAUUUUAUGCAUGGGAUUGUAGAUGAGAAAACUGAUGUCUUUGCAUUCGGGGUACUAUUACUGGAGCUCAUUACCGGUCGCCGUGCUGUUGAUUCAAGUCGACAAAGCCUUGCCAUAUGGGCAAAGCCGCUGCUGGACAGUAAUAAUGUUGAGGAAUUAGCAGAUCCACGAUUGGGAGAUGCUUACGAUCCCAGCGAGAUGAAACGUGCCAUGUACGCGGCUUCAAUCUGCAUCCACCACUUAUCCUCCAUGCGUCCGCAGAUCAACGGAGUUGUGCAGAUACUCAAGGCAGAAGAUGGACCACUUGAACCAAAAUCAAAAUCAGUGGCAGCAAGAUCACUCGUUUUUAAUGCUUGUGACCUGGAAGAUUAUACCUCCACCACUUAUCUCAACGACCUCAAUCGCCACAGGCAACUUGUGAUGGAGUAAUUCCUAACCCAUCUGUUCUGCAGUGUUCCUUAUUGUUUUACUUGUUCCUGUGUAAGUUACGAAAAAGAAAAAUGGUAUGGCCCUGCUGCAGUCGUUUUGUGUGUGAAGUUUCACCAAGAUACCCAUAUAGCUUUGUUCAGUCCUGAAAGACACUACUACAGAUCAGAAUGGUGAAGCGGCGUUCAAGUUCCUUAAUCACUGGAAAGAAAACUCGCCCAACCAGACACAGAUAAUUGUGUACUCCAUUGUAAUAUUGUGUCUGUACUGCUGCAAUUAUCAAAAUUGGAAACCCCUUUUAUUUA